AGUUGAACUUUGUUUUCUUUCUUUGAGUCUACUUUGCGUGGGUCAUCUGCAUAGAUUUAGACAUUGUAUGCCUCUUUAUGGGCUUACCUUAAGUGGUUUGCUGACUGACGAGAACUGUCCCAAAAAUCUCAGUCUCUAAAGUCUUUAACAAGAUAAGGAGAUUACACCUAUUCUCGAUCAACACCGGUGCUCUGUUACAGGUCAGAUGUUUGCUCAAUUGUAGAUCUAUUGUAUUCGGUCUAGUCUGCUAGAUCUUCCACCAAUAAAGAGAGCAAGACUGUGAACCAUAGUAAACGUCAUCCUGAGAUGAGUCCAACCUGAAUAUUUUGAUUGAAGAUGGACAUCCACAAUGUUCUUCCAUCAAAUGUCACAGUCUACCGAGUGUCGAAUGGAGGAGAAACAGCUAUUGGUGUCUAUUUGGUGAUACUAGGAUGGCUUUCUUGGAUUGGAAAUGGGGUUGUAAUAUUGCUUUUAACAAAGCAAAGAAAGUGUCUGGAACCACAGGAUUUCUUGACCCUCAACCUUGCCGUUUCUGACGCCAGCAUUGCUAUUUUUGGGUAUUCUCGAGGAAUCCUUGAAGUUUUUGAUGUUCUCAGGGAUCAAGGCUAUCUUAUAAAGACAUUUUGGACUUGCAAGGUGGACGGAUUCCUAAUCCUGCUCUUCGGACUCAUCAGCAUCAACACACUGACAGGCAUCAGUGUCAUCCGCUACAUCAAAGGUUGCCAGCCUCAGCAUGCUCAUCACGUCAGCAAGCGAAAUAUCUGCUUGGUCAUAGCUGCUGUCUGGCUGUGCUCUCUGUUCUGGGCUGGAGCCCCGCUGCUGGGCAGGGGCAGUUACAGAGCUCGCGGGUACGGGACGUGUGAAAUCGACUGGAUGCAAGCGCUGUACUCCGUUCCGGUCAAGCUCUAUGUCAUCAGCAUUUUCCUCUUCAACUUCUUUGUACCCCUAUUUGUUAUAGUUUUUACAUAUGUGUCCAUCAUCCGAACUGUCAACUCCAGCCACAAGUCCAGUCGUGGAGGAGAUAUCAGCGAGAGGCAGAGAAAGAUUGAACGCAGCAUCACAAGGGUCUCCCUCAUUCUGUGUGCGGCCUUCUUGUUGGCCUGGUCCCCGUAUGCAGUCAUUUCCAUGUGGUCCGCCUGGGGUUACCAAAUACCCCCACUCAACAGCAUCCUGGCCAGCCUCUUCGCCAAGUCAGCGAGUUUCUACAAUCCGUUUAUCUACAUUGGCAUGAGCUCUAAGUUCCGGAAGGACCUGCAGGCCCUUUUCUACUGCCUCAGACCCACAUCAGCGCAGAGGAACACCCCUCCUGUGCCAUUGGCCCGGCCUGGUGAUGUGCAGCUCGACGUCGAUGGAUUUAAGGAGGAUGAACCGGUGGACCCUAAUGCAAGUGAAAACAAACAGGAGGGAAAGGCAGAGAGCCGUCCUGAAUCAGAACGCCAGGACAGGCCCUUACCAAAGUCAGGCAAGUGUAUCAGUCCUCAUGGAUUGAUGAGGAAAUCCAGCGACUCUGGAAGACUUUAGCUGUCUCUUAUGUUAGUUUAUGUCCUCUGAAUGUUUAUAUAAGAUGAUGAGAAUAAUAUUAGGAUAAUACAGUACAUUCACUGUCUCUGUUAUCUUAAUUUCACAAGAGAAUAGGACACUCCAGGCUGCUUCUUGUUGAACAUGAGGUCAUUGUGUGCAUCCAAUAAAGUCGAGGUUAAAGGUUUUAUGUCGCUUGAUCUCUUUUUCUGAGGCAGGUAAACUGUUGACACAUUUAAUGGUAGGUCUGAAUCACAUUAUUUAGGGUUGUUGGAGAUUCUUCCCCCGUCCCAGUACAUCAAAUACAAUCUUGAAAUGAAUAGUAUUAGGGAAGGAACCAAAUACAUCUGGAUAGGAAAAGGCCACAAUAAAUUGAUGCACCAAAUAAUCUUGCUGAACAAAAACAGGAGAGCAUAAAGACAAUCUGCAAAAACAACGGCACUGACCCGGCCUACAGUCUUCCUUCUGAAUUACAUAACAAAAUCUAUAUAAAAAGAUAAAUAUUUCCCAAACUAAUCAGAGUUUGAAACUUUAAAUUGUGGCACCGAAAGCCAUUUAAAGAGGAGCAACAUCUGGGGCAGGAGAAAGAAUCUCAUGAAUGGUGUCUCUCCCAGUGUUACUGAAAUACUCUUUUAUUAAUACUUUACUAUAGUUGUUUCAUUUUUAUGGCUUAAGUUUUAGUUAACUAAAAUAACCCUGGUUUCUCAUUUAUUGCUAUCUUCAUUCUCCCAGCAAUUAAACUUGGAUCAGCAAAGCUCCAGCAGAAAUCAUGGAGCGGGAGGAUUUAUAAACUGAUCCUGGUGACUGCCAAGCGCAUAAUUCAAAAGCAGCAGGCGUGCUCGUAGUCAGAGGAACAGUGAAGGUUUGACUCCAAACAGAGCAGCAGGAACAGUCAAACAAUCCAGAGUCCUAAUUCCAAGAACAGACAAGGAAAAAGAGCAGACAAAAGUGUUUUGUGUCCAGUUUACAUGGGAAACUCUGUACCAGAGAGUUGAAACAAGUGGCAAGUUGGAAAUGAGUUGGGAUUUUUCUCCAAAGAGAUGCCUAACACGUCAGUGACCUGAUCUUACGGUUGUGGGAAAUGUCCUCCUCCUGCCCCAUUCACAGCACUCAAACGCAUUCUAGUCAAGCAUGUCCCCUCUUCAAAUGACAUCCAAGAGAAUUAGUCCCACAUGGUGGUCACAAAAUAAAAGGGUCAUGGUGUGUGUGGUGUUGUGGUGAAUGUUCUCUCAAAUUAGCGGUGUCGGGGGUUAAAGUAGGUCUGUUAUGCAAUGAGAUUUUUUUGGCGCAGACCCCAUAUGCUUAUUUUGGUGCAAGAAUAUACUCGGUUUGAGAAAUAAUGAAUUUUGGAAAAUAUUAAUCAGUGUGAUGUAAAAAGUUAUGAUUUAUGGGUGGAAAGUCCUAAAAGAAAGUCAUGCAUCUGCUAAGAGAUGAGAAGACGUCCAAUAUACACUCUGCCUAGUUUAGUAGUGGGCAUGAUUUUUGAAAAAUGUUUUUAAAGAAAUCUUUUAUGCUAACCAAAGGUGCAUUUGUUUGAUCAAAAAGACAGUAAUUUUGUGUAUGUAAUGCAUUCAUGUGAUGACAAAGCUGAUU